GAAUUCCGCAUCUAGUCUGCUGACAGAACAGUCUACCUUAAUCAUGACGAUUUGACCCUCAACCUUCUAUAUGAGACUUGGUCUCGUCAUGCCCAGAUGGAACAGUCAUGAGAUUUAGUUACAGCACCUAGUAAUCUGCCACGCCAUCGGAGCGUUAAAAAAUCGCUAUUACAAUUCUUUUAGAGAGUUGAACACUAAUUCCUGCGAGAUGCUGUCUGGAAUCAUUGCCUAGACAGAUCUGUCAGAUGGAGUUUCUUGACAAUUUUGUCUCUUCGCAGGAAUCCCAAAGGCUCAACCAGCUCCCUGUGCGCUUGGUCCUAGAGAGGAGCUGCUGGGUGGCCCUGCCGCCUGCAUUUGUUGCAAGGUUGCUCGACGCCCAGAGCCCUAUCCCUCUCGUCCUGCAGCUGCGCCCAGCAAACGGUUUGGCGCAAAUGGGAGUGCCAGCGUGCUAUGUGGCGUGGGCAGGCGCUGCGGCCAGCAGUCAUGCACUGGACAUUCCUGCCGCCUUGGGGCGCUGCCUGGGGCUGGCAGACGGCAUGAUGGUCAGCCUGCGCGCACUGCCGGAUGUGCCGAUGGCAACGGAUGUUAGCGUUGAGCCUGCCAAUGUGGACGACUGGGAGCAGGUGGAGCUGAACGCUGAGUACAUGGAGGAGCAGCUCCUCAACCAGGUCGGGGUGGUGAGCAUGGGGCAGCCGUUCCCAUUCUGGGUGCGGGGGCAAUCGGUGCUGACGCUGCGAGUUGCCACGGCGAGGCCAGAGCCCGUAGUACGGCUGGCGCUCGGCGCUGAGGUCAGCGUCGCGCCAUGCCCCCGGGUCCGCCCGCAGGCUCAGGCAGAGGUGAACGGCGCCUCUGUGGAUGCGCCGUCAGACGCCUCGGCUGUACCUGCCACCUGGCUGCGCCUCCAGGAGCCGGAUGAGAGUCUGCGCGUGGACUUGCGGCUGCAUAGGGGAGUUCUGGAGGAGGACGGGGCUGCACUGCCGCAUGAGGUUGAUGGUGUCAGGACCUGGCAGACGACCACUGUACGCAUGCCGUCGGCCAAUGCAUCGGCUGCCGGCUUUCCUGAUGGCAGCUUUGUCAGGCUGCAUGCCGGCCCUGGGUCCAGGGGAGGCAGCGCAGUGGCUGCAGUACAGGUGGAUGACAGGAUCAGCCCAGCACAUGUGCAAGUUAGCCAAGCUGUACUUCAAACGCUGGCACUGCAGCCGCACAGGAGGGUGGCACUGCGGUCGUGCUCUCCAUCACAGCCUGCUCAGCCACCACUUGCCAUCGUGCUUCAUCCAGUCACCAGCUUGACUGAAGCGGAGGUGCCAACCCUGCAGCAGCUCAGCCCCCGCCAGCUGCAGCUGCUCUUUGCCGCCUGGCUGCAGGCGCAGUCCGUCCGGUGUAAGCCACUUGCAGACUUUAAUGGUGCCAUGGAGGGGCUUUCGCUCGGAAGUAGCACAGCCAAUGCAGCAGACAUUGCAGGAUCAGCAGCAAAUGACCUCCAAAACGGCGGGGAGGCACAGAACAAGACCAGCACACCCAGUGCAGCAGAGCAGUCAGUGCCGCUGCAGGAUGGCACAGCCAUGUGGCUGGAGUUUCCCGCUGAGCAGCAGCCUUUGGCUUUCUUUCUCGAGCUGCGAUGGCCGCCCGGCGCGCCGCGACCGUCCGGGCCAAUAUCAAUGCAGCCGCUGCAGUUCCUGCGUCUGGGAAUUGGUGUGGAGUUGGGCAAGGGUGUAGAGCUGCCUCUGGUGUCCACGGCGCACCCGGCAGCGGCUGCCAGCAUGCAGAAGGGGGGCAUGCAGGGGGUGAAGGGGGCCGCGGUGGGGUUCGGGGAGAAGUGGGCGGCGGAGUUUGUGCGGCCAGCGAUGGAGCGACUGCUGCCGCUGCUGCAUGACACCAGCCGCCGCAUGCUGCGCGCGGCUGAUGCGCCGCCGCCCGGCGGACUGCUCAUCUGCGGCCCGGCGGGCAGCGGGAAGACAGCCCUGGUACGGAGGUGCGCGGAAGGGCUCGCAGUGCACCCGCUGUGCCGCACGCAUAUAGUGUGGGGCAACUGCCGAGAGGUGGAGACCUCGACCCUUGCAAAGGCAAAGGCUUCCUUGCUUCCCCUGCUAAGGGAAGCAGCAGAGUGCAUGCCGUCGCUGCUGGUACUCGAUGACCUCGAGAUGCUAUGCCCGGCUCCGGCCGACACGCCCGACGCGGAAGCGGCCGCCGCCGGCUCGGCCGCGCUCGUGGCAUGGCUGCGCGCGGCUGUGCGCGAGUACCACGCACGCCCCGAUGGCCGCGCUCCCUUGCCAGUGGUGGUAUGCGGAACGUGCACAUCAGCAGCUGAGGUGGCGGCUGCACUGCGAGGGCCCGGCCUCCUGGACCACACGCUGACGCUGCGCGCACCGGCGGCCGAGGACCGCGCCGCGCUGAUGUCAUCAGGCCUGCAGUCCAAGGGCGUUGCCUUUGACGCGGCGCUCGUGCAGGCGUUUGCUGGCAAGCUGGAGGGGUAUGACGCGGCGGACAUCCGAGUCCUGCUGGACCGCGCCCUGCACGCUGCACUGCGCCGCAGGUUGAGCUCCAGAGGUCCUCAAAAUGGCAGGCUGGAGGUGGCACAAGAGGACAUGAAGGCAGCGCUGGCCGGCUUCUCUCCGGCGUCGAGCUGGGGCGUGGGCCGCGCGUCGGCGGGGGACGGCCCCGGUCCGCGCGGGUGGCAGGACGUGGGCGGCCUCGAGGACGUGCGCGAAGCGCUGCAGGAGACCCUCGAGCUUCCCACGCGCUACGCCAAACUCAUCGCCAAGGCGCCUUUACGGCUACGUACGGGGGUGCUGCUGUACGGGCCGCCCGGCUGCGGCAAGACGCACGCGGUGGCCGCGGCGGUGGCGUCGGCCGGCAUGCGCUUUGUCAGCGUCAAGGGGCCUGAAGUCCUCAACAAAUACAUUGGCGCCAGCGAGGCCGCCGUGCGCGACCUGUUUAGGCGAGCCAGCGCGGCGGCGCCCUGCGUCCUGUUCUUCGACGAGUUUGACGCCAUCGCGCCACAGCGCGGCCACGACUCGACAGGGGUCACCGACCGUGUCGUCAACCAGCUGCUCACAGAGCUCGACGGCAUGGUCAGCAGAUUGUCUGGGCUGCCGCGAGUGAAUGUCAUGGGUGAAAUACACCAGGGUGACCAUGGUGUGCAUUUGGCGGCAGGUGUCGUGGUGAUCGGCGCGACUUCGCGGCCGGACAUGCUGGAUGCGGCACUGCUGCGGCCCGGCCGCCUGGACCGGCUGCUCUACUGCGGGUUCCCCACCGCCAGAGAGCGCACCCAGUGCAGCAUGCGCUAUGGCUUCGGCUCCUGCAACAUGUGUCUGUUCAUCGGGCACGCUGCCGCUGUGCCCGGUGAUGAGGUUCUGCGCGCGCUGUCGUCGCGGCUGCCGAUGGAGGAGGGCGUGGAUCUGGCGGCCAUUGCUGCGGCGACCGACGGCUUCAGCGGGGCCGAUCUGGGCGCUCUGCUGUCCGACUCACAGCUGGCAGCCGUGCAUGAAGUCCUGGCGCAGCCGCAAGACAACGCUCAGGCGCAGCAGGUGCCGCUGGUGCGGGCCAGCCACUUAGAAACAGCGCUGGAGAAGGCGCGGCGCAGCGUGCCUCCCACAGAGCGCGAGCGCCUGGAGGCCAUCUACAGCAGGUUCAGGAGCAGCAGGGACCCAGGGCUGGGCAACACGCCGUCGGCCAAGGGCAAGGGGAAGCGAGCCACUUUGGCUUGA